CUGUGGCCCUGAAGCCGCCACCAGCCGGCCCGCAGCGGCCGGGUUCCGGAGGCGCUGCUCAGGACGCAGCCUGUCCCCGCCCCGCCCGCCUCCCUCCGCUCCCCUCCCCCUGCCCCACGCCCGCGCCGGCGGCGGCGGCGGCGGCAGGAGCCCGGAUGCGGCGCCGGGAGACGGCGGGGGGAGCGGCGCGGAUGGAUCCAACAUGGCGCCGCCGAGCCUGAGCCCGGGGAAGAGACCUGGGACAUUAACUUUCUCGCAGAGGUUCUCAAAUGGACUCCAACCCGCCGGCGGGAUCAGAGCCUGUGCUGACCGGAGGGAGUGUCUUGUGGUGUCUGGCAUGUCCGAGACACCAAGACCCAGGAGCCCUUGCUCACCUGCUGCUGCUGAGAAGGGGCGCAUUCCCUCACUGCUCUGGCACUGCAUCUAGGCUCCCGGUGUAGCUUCAGCGGAGCUGCCCUGCUUCAGUGCCACGGAAAGCUGAGUGUGUGUUGGUGUAAGAGGAAGUUGGCCAUGUUCUUGUUCUGCUGGAGUUAGAUAGGCUCUUGGCAUCCCCACCUGGGCUGCGGAGUGAACUCCCCAUCCUAGACGCGUGGCGGGGCUCGCAGGUGCCAAGCAGGGGUUCUGGAAGGCGUUGCGCACCUGAGCCCCCAGCAUGGCGGGCCGGAAGCGCCAGGCAAGCCAGGUGUGGCCGGAAGAGCGUGGCGAGCAGGAGCACGGGCUCUACAGCCUGCAUCGCAUGUUCGACAUCGUGGGCACCCACCUGACGCACAGAGACGUGCGCGUCCUUUCCUUCCUCUUCGUUGACGUCAUCGAUGACCACGAGCGGGGCCUCAUCCGGAAUGGACGUGACUUCUUGUUGGCGCUGGAGCGCCAGGGCCGCUGUGAUGAGAGUAACUUCCGCCAGGUGCUGCAGCUGCUGCGCAUCAUUACUCGCCAUGACCUGCUGCCCUACGUCACCCUCAAGAGGAGGCGGGCAGUGCGCCCUGACCUCGUGGACAGGUAUCUGGAGGAGACGUCAGUUCGCUAUGUGACCCCCAGAGCCCUCAGCGACCCAGAGCCAAGGCCUCCCCAACCCCCCAAAACAGUGCCUCCCCACUACCCUGUGGUGUGCUGCCCCGCCUCCGGCCCUCAGAUGUGUAGCAAGAGGCCAGCUCGAGGGAGAGCCACACUUGGGAGCCAGCGAAGACGCCGGAAGUCAGUGACCCCGGACCCCAAGGAGAAGCAGACGUGUGACAUCAGGCUGCGGGUCCGGGCUGAAUACUGCCAGCACGAGACGGCUCUGCAGGGCAACGUCUUCUCCAACAAGCAGGACCCCCUGGAGCGCCAGUUUGAGCGCUUUAACCAGGCCAACACCAUCCUCAAGUCCCGGGACCUGGGCUCCAUCAUCUGUGACAUCAAGUUCUCUGAGCUCACCUACCUCGACGCCUUCUGGCGCGACUACAUCAAUGGCUCGUUACUGGAGGCACUGAAAGGCGUCUUCAUCACAGACUCGCUCAAGCAGGCGGUGGGCCACGAAGCCAUCAAGCUGCUGGUGAAUGUGGACGAGGAGGACUAUGAGCUGGGCCGACAGAAGCUCCUGAGGAACUUGAUGCUGCAGGCUUUGCCCUGACCUCCCUCUCACAGGACGGGCCCCACCACUCACCUCUGGAGCGCGCUCACUGUCCGGGUUUGUUCUCUCCCCUUCCAGCCAAUCACACCCUGCCUUUUUUUUUUUUUUUUUUUUUUUUUUUUAAGGAAAAGAAAGGAAAACGGAAGUGGUGUUCCCCGCCCCUCCCUGCACCCACGUGCCUGGGCUUCCCGUGUCCCUUUCCGCUGGCCCCACGUGUCUGCAGCAGCCUCGCCCCUGAGCCGCGAGGCAGAUGCGUGGGGGAAGCUGAGUCUGCAGGACAGUGUCUGUAAGGGACUGAGGCGAACCCUGCGUCCGGGGCACGGGGCUGUCAGUGCUCCAGGCUCUAGGAGGGCUCUUGCCUGUUCGUCUGAGAAACCAAAGGGCUGUGAGUAAGGGAGCUGUGUUGUGUGGAAGGUGAGACUCUGAAGUGUAUUUUGGAAAUUAAUCACCACCCUCUCCCAAAUUACAGAAUUUUUUAAAAA